ACUCCUCACCAUCUCUCCUAUAGUAUAUCUUUGUCACAUUAUUAUAGCAUCAUAUAUAAUGGGAGAAAAUAUUAAUAAUGGAGGAGGAUAUGCAGACCUAGAGAAGCAGAUGCUAAUCCUUCAUGAUCAUGAAGAAAAGCAUUUCAUGUCAAGUGAGAUCGUCAGAGACAUCAUCAUCGGUGUCUCUGACGGUCUCACUGUCCCGUUUGCCCUCGCAGCUGGUUUGUCGGGGGCAGACGUGUCCUCUUCUAUUAUUCUCAUUGCUGGAGUUGCUGAAGUUGCUGCUGGAGCUAUUUCCAUGGGUCUUGGAGGGUACUUAGCGGCAAAGAGUGAAGCUGAUCAUUAUGUGAGAGAACUCAAGAGAGAGCAAGAUGAAAUUGUUGCAGUUCCAGAUACAGAGGCAGCUGAAGUUGCGGAGAUAUUGGCCCAAUAUGGAGUGGAGCCACAUGAAUAUGGCCCAGUUGUUAAUGCUCUCAGGAGAAAUCCUCAAGCUUGGGUUGAUUUCAUGAUGAAAUUCGAGUUAGGAUUGGAGAAACCAGAGCCAAUGAGAGCAAUACAAAGUGCACUAACAAUUGCAUUUUCAUACAUAAUGGGUGGAUUUGUGCCAUUAUUGCCUUAUAUGAUAUUUCCAAUAGCAAAGGAGGCAGUUGUGGCUUCAGUCAUUUUGACAAUCGUGGCAUUACUCAUAUUUGGUUUUGCCAAAGGUUACUUCACUGGCAGCAAACCCUUCAAGAGUGCUUUCCAAACUGCUUUGAUUGGUGCCAUUGCUUCUGCAGCUGCUUAUAGCAUUGCCAAGGCUUUCCAAGCAUUCUAAUUAAUUCUUAAUCAAUUACUCUAUUGUUGUUUUGCUUAUCUUAAUUAAUUACUCUAUUAGUGUUAUUAGUAAUCUUGUUAUAUUUUAGCUAAGAAAUAUAUGAGGGUAUUAUCGAUUUCGAAAAUGCCUUUUGUCCAGGGUUAGCCCUGAACUUUAGUGGGCCUUAUGAAAAAAAAUUGGAUCCUUAUUUAAAAGAUAUAGUAUUUUCAAAUCAAUAAAAUAAUUUUGUAUUUUUAAAAGAAAAAA